AUGGCGAAUUUACAUAUUAAUCAAAUUGAACAAGUAAAUGAAGAUGAAUCUUCUUCUUCUUUACAUAACAAUGCAUCAAGACGUUACAAUCUUGAUAAUAUUGAUCUCGAUGAUUCACCAAUUAAAUCUGUUCCAUAUCAUUUUCAAGCUGGUUCUAUCAUUGAUCCUAUGACAUUUCAACGUGUUUUAACUGAAGUUAUGAGUAAAGAAACACAAAAAGAAGAACAAGCUCAUGAUUUAAAUAAACAAACUGAUGAUGAUGCUAAUGAUAUGGUAACAGAUACAAAUAGAAAUUUAUUCAAUGAAAGACAAUUUGAUGAAGAACUAGAACGAAAUCUUCAAAAUUUAUCACAAGUUAUUCAAACCAAUCAACCUAUUAAUGACAAUUUAGCUAGUAAUAUGAUGGAUCAAUUAAAUGAUUUGUUAAGAAUAACAACAGUUACUGCAAAUCAAAUGACAACACGACAACGAAGUAAUCGAAGACAACGAUCAUUAUCAUCAUCGGCAUCUAUUUCAAUGAUUUCAAAACGUGUAAUGACAAUAAGAGCACAAACAGAACAACGACAACAGAAAACUAAAGAAAUUGCACGACAAGCAUUUAUUUUAGCUGAAACUAAUGUUUAUCAAGCUAUGGAAUAUAUAAAACAAAUGAUGCCUGAUAAAUUUAUUCAUCAUAGUACAUGGUAUUUAUCUACAUUUAAUUAUGUUAAUGGACGAAAACAACAACAUUUACGUGAAACUGGUGAAAUUGAUAAAAAAAAUAUAUGGCCUGAUUCAUUUCCACAAUGUACACCACAAUUAAAAGAAGUUGUCAAUGAUUGGAUACGACAUCAUUUUUCACGUACAAAACGUGCUAAAUGUUUAAUUUUAAUUGGUCCAACUGAUACAGGAAAAACAACAUUCGCAUUAUCAUUACCUGGUCAUGUUAAUCAUUUUCAAGGAAGAUGGAAUUUAGAUUCAUGGCAGGAUUAUGCACGUUAUUCUGUUUAUGAUGGUAUACCAUGGGAUCGUUUUUCAAAACUAAAUUUUCCAAAUAAACAAGAUCUUCUAACACAAAAUGGAAAAAUAAAUGCAACAGGUAAAUAUCGAAGAAGAAUCGAAAUUAAUAUUCAACAACCAGCUAUUGUUCUUCUCAAUCCAGAAGAUGCUGGUUCAUUAACACGUGAACCAAUUACUCUUGAAGAACAACGAAUGGCUGAAUAUUGGAAGAAACGAGCAAUUGUUUACAUUAUGGGUCCAAACGAGUAUUUCUAUCAACGUCAACGACAUACUACAGAUUCUAGUCAAAAUCAAAAUUCAAGUAAUUCAUCGAUUGAAGCCAAUGAAGAGCGUCUAGGUGAUCCAGAUGAAUUUGAAACAAUGCGACGUCGAUGGCAAGCAAAACAAUAG